UGUUGGAAUUUUCUUAUAAUUGAAUAUGAGCAAUACAAUUGUAUUAGAGUACAAGCAAGUGAAACGUAUCGUUCAUUAUACUCUACUCAACCAUCUCAAAUCGUCAAAUAUUCCCAGUUUCCCACAACACAAAUAUGACGUCGUUAGUACACAUUGAUCUUUCUAUAUACUAAACCAAACAAAAGACAAUGAAGCUCUCUCAAGUCUUCUUCCCCAUCUUCUUAUUCUUACUUGUUUCACAAGCAAACUCAACAACCGAUAUCAUAUCGCAAACCUGCAAAUCUUGUGCAGCCAAAUCCAAGAUCUUCGACUACAAUUUCUGCGUCUCCUCUCUCAACAACUCUCCCAUAGCUCUUCCUUCUCCGACCAAUAUAUCUUCUCUAGCCCUAGUUCCAAUGCUCCAAGCUCUCGACAACGCCACCGCAACCGCUUCCACCAUUCAGCAGCUUCUGAUUCUUGACGACGACGGUAGUUUCCACGGUGCUUGCCUCCGUGACUGCCUUGAGCUUUACGAGGACGCUACGGAUAGAUUGGAGGAGGCAGUUAGGGUUUUUAUUACGAGGAAAGAGUUGGGGACGGUGAACGUGAUGGUGAGCGCCGCCAUGGAAUCUGCUGUCACGUGUGAGAACGGGUUUAGAGAAAGAGACGACGGUGAUGGUGAUGGUGAUGGUGGUGGUGGUGGUGGUGAGAUGACCUGGACGUCUCCUGUUUGGAGUGAGAAUCACAAAUUGUUUGAAUUUGGUCAGAUUGCUCUUUGUAUAAACAAUAUGAUGUCUGCUUCUGUCACAACAUCUGUAUCUCUCUAAAUCGUUUUCAAUUUGUUUGAAUAAAUGAUAAUAGCAUGUAUGGUGAGGACAUUUUUUUA